AGCUUGCUGUGCUAACCGUAUACUUUUGUCCAUGUUGAGUGUGCGACGAAAGGCCAACAGGAAGCCAGUCCCGCCGAUGUCACCCACAAGCGCUGCCGCGAUGACAUGGCACCACUUUCGGCGGGAGCAUGCGCAGCUUCGCAGACGUGCCGGCUUCGCAGACGUGCCGGCUCGCUGGAGCGGCGGCGGCGCCAUCCGAGAUGGCCAGACCGUGACGACGAGCGCUGAAGAGGAGGAGGAGGAGGCGGCGCACUUGGAAUGGGGAACUCGUCUUUCCCAGGUCGAGAGAAGAGAAAGAAUCCCAUGAUCUCCGCCAGUGAUGCCGAAUUCCCGCCGGCCGGAUCUCGGGGGGGGAGGCGCUCCACCGCCUCCCCGUCAACGCCAUCCUCCUCGCCGAAGCGGCCUCGCGACGCGGUCGACGGCCCGGAGGCCCUACGCGGCGUCUGCCGGGAGGUGUCGGCGGGAGCCACAGCCGGAGGACGACAGCCGCAAGCUAACUACUGGAGCUUCAAGAGUCGGACACCGCGCCCUGGCGGCCCGAGCCCACCGCCGCCGUCUGCAGCCAGCAGAGGCUCCUCGCCACCGUCCGCCGAGCACCGGGGCGCCAUGUCGGACAGCGAGCUUCCUGCCGCCUUUUGCCGCACAAGCAGACUGCGACAGAGUCUCCCGCUGGCCCGAUCCUCGGCCAGCCAGUCCAAGCCGCACGCGCCAGGCAUGCUGUUCCUGCAGCUGGGGGAGGAGACUCGGCGCGUACACCUGACGCACGAGCUGAGCAGCCUGGACACCCUGCGAGCGCUCAUCGUGCACAUGUUCCCUCAGCGGCUCAGCAUGGCCACGCUCAGGUCUCCCAGCACGGCUCUGCUCAUCAAGGACGAGAACCGCAAUGUCUUCUACGAGCUGGAGGACCCGCGGGACGUGCAAGACCGCUGCGUCAUCAAAAUCUACUGCAAGGAGCCCGUCUACGGGACCUACCCGGGCCAGCGCCACAACUCGCCCUUGCAGCUGGCCAACGGAGAGAUCAGGCCCCUCCAGCGCGAGAUGGUGUACACCCCCCAGGACUCGCCCCCCAGCCGGCGCCUGGGUGGGGCGGCGCCGCCCGUGUCCUCCUCGCAGCAUCGCUCCGCCUCGUCCUCGCCGCCUCAGGGCUUGCGGACGCGGCUUCUCUACGGCGGCGGCCGCCCCACCUCCUACGCCGGUCCGGCAGCCCACCACCAUGGCGUGCCGCUGGCCCACCACUCGCCCCACCUGCCGCCGCCCUCGCCGGCCUUUGGCACCUCCCCCAGCGCCAUCCUGGAGCGUCGCGAUGUGAAGCCGGACGACGAGGCGGGCGGGCACCGCGGCGUGAUGCUUUUGCGGGCUGACGAACGCGGAGGGGGCGGCAUCUAUGUGGCUCCCUAUUCUGUGGGCGGCGAGGCCCGCUUAGGGCUGACCGGGGCGCCGCCUUCGCCACUUACCGGCCGGAGUGACCCGUACGGCUCCUUGUACCGGCGAGGAGCGGGUGGGACGGUGUGUUCCCUGAUGGAUGGUGGGGGCGGCGGUGGCCUAUACAGAGCUGGUGGCGGCGCCCUUUACAACGACACCUACGCGCCGUCCAUGUUGAGCCUGCGAGUUGCGCCGCCCUCCUCGCCGCAGAAAAUUGCAGACGCGCGCGAGGCCUACGCCAGCACACUGCCCUCCCGCGGCUCCCCCGCCAGGGCCGAGCGCCGUCGCGAUUCCAUGAUGUCAUCCGUGGGCGCCGACAGUCCCGGGGCUCGGGGGCUGACCUCAGAACAGCUGUGCCUAUUGGCGGCGGCAGCGGGAGGCGACGGGGGCGAAGUCCGAGGAGAUGAGAGUGAGACCAGGGAGCGGAUGGAGGUGAUGGAGAAACAGAUUGCCAGCCUGACAGGUCUGCUGCAGCGAGUCCUCAGCAGGGCGCCCCAAGACCACAGUCCGGAUAAAAUGGAGUCAGCCAGCGACGGCUCAGGCACAGAUCCUGGACCUGCUAAACAAAAGAAAGCCGUGACCCCGUCUGGCCCCCUGGCGCUGAUGCCGCCGCCGCUCCCGCCCGCCGCCGCCAGCCAGCCGCUGACUGUGUCCCGCUUGCAGAUGCAUCGCCACCUGCUGGGCCUGCAGCAGAGCACCAAUACGCUGCGGACGCAACUCUCGCAGCUGCGCGACAUUCAGCUGGAGAAUCAGGAUUGUGUGUUGGCGCUGCUGAGGAAGACAGAGGCGGAGCUUAAUGUGCUGAUGCAGGACGCCGCGCGUGCACAAGAGGAUCCCCUGCAGCGGCAGCGCCUUCUAGUGGAGGAGGAGCGCCUCAAGUAUCUCAACCAGGAGGAGACGCUCGUGCACAAGUUGCAGUCAGUACAGCUUCUUUCCUUCCUACCUCCCUCCCUCCCUCCCUCCCUCCCUCCACGGCCAGUCCUUCUCAAGCGCCACUUGCGAAAGCCGAUGGAGCGUUUGACAUUUGUCACACACGCCGAGAGAGAAACUUUGAGAGGAACGAGCCGCCCGACCUCGCUCGCUUGCUUACCUGGAAGGAGGACAGCACGGGCGCUGGCUGACUGAUUGACUGGGCACAAGUGGCAAGCGCAAGAUUCGCCGUCACUGCUGGCGUUUCGCCGCCGCGCCUGUGGGCGGGGCCGUCUCCGCCCGCCCACACGGCGGGGUGCGGUCGGACCAAAUGUCGCACGCACCCAGAUAGGCCUUUUGUCUUCGUGGACGGCCGAGCCGGUCGACCGGCGUCGUCGGCGUUUUGCCGGCUUUGGCACGACGACCGGAACGGUUGACAUUCCUUGCCUCGGCGCACCUGCUCUGCCGCACCAAGGGGCGCGAUCUCCUCAUUCCGUGUCUAUUGUGUGUGGAGGUGACCUGUUGUAUUCGUGCGUGGUAUUUUCCAAGCCGUGGGAAAGGGCCGAGAGGGGGGGCGGACGGUCGGGGAGCCCGCCGCCGGCCGACUGAGCAUAGGCGGUGAAAGAAUGCUCCUUUUGGCUUUCAUGCUGUUCGCAUGCUUGGUGGUGUUUAGUUUCAUUUGCAGGAUGUGUGUGAUGUGGUCGAGGUGCGUUCAACGGCGUGUCUCAUGUCAUACGCAAGCUCGAGCGUGCUUUCCAUCUAGCGUACGUUGCAGCUUUAGCAUCUUGUGCGUUGGAAGCUUCCGCACGUGGCGUCGUGCGUUUGCACCUUUGGAAGGUUCGGAGCAACGACCUGGUUUCUUCUGCGGGUGUUUGACGCUUGACAGAAGAAAAGAGGCGGAGCUUUGCUUCGGGUGCCGGCCAGGCGGCGCUUUUUAUUGAAUUCACUCAAUGCCAUGCCAGCGCCGUGCGAGGCGAGCGGCCCCUCAGACCCGCUGUCGUGAUCUCCAGCUUGAGGAUGGGCGGCGGCCUUCGUCGGACAUGCAGGCUUCCGCGUCCACUUGGCGCCGCGUGCUCUACGCCAGAGCCGUCAGGCCCGUGGCGCCUUGAAGUUGCUGUCAUCCUUGGACUCGUACAUGAGAUCGUAGAGCUUGUGGUCGGUGGCCGUGGUCUUGGGGAACACGCCGACGCUCACCCAGUUCUUGUAGAAGGGUGUAGUCCGAAGGGCACGGAGAACAUGACGGCCACCAUUUCGUUGCAUUCCUUCUUGUGCAUGUGGAAGAGCUCGUAGGUGAGCACGCCCACGGCACCCGAGGCCGUGUUGUCAUCUUUGGUGAAGGAGCACACCUCUCCGCGGCCCACACGCACCGUGGGCUGCGGCGGGCUGUAGG